GUGAAUUUUUCUUUGUUACAGGGGACAGAGUUCAUGGCCAAUUUGUCGAUAUGUUUAAGAUAUUACAUUGCUGACAGAUUAAACAAUGAUCCUGGAUGGAGGAAUAUAAAAGUGAUAUUAUCAGAUGCUAAUGUUCCUGGAGAGGGUGAGCACAAGAUUAUGGACUACAUCAGAAAGCAAAGAGGACUUGCAACUCAUGAGCUUCACUUCACAAUCAUCAGGGAAGAGUUUAAACCAAAUCAGAAGAGACCUUGUGAGAUGUGUGGUCAAGUUGGUGAGAGUUUCUCUAAGUCCUGUUGUUAUUAUCUCAGAUGUGAUUUUUAA